GGAAAACGAAAAGCCAAAGAAAAAAAGAAGAAAUAAAAGAAGGAGCGAGAGAGAGAGAGAGAGAGAGAGAAGCGGAGCGGGUACUUAUAGAAGUUACAGGUUUUUGGAGUAUCGUGUCGGGGUGUGUCUGAUUCAGAUUCAAGAAGAAUUAUUAUUAUUAUUAUUUGUCAAAAUUUUCUAAUAAUUUUUUUGUUACCCUAACGAGAGUGGGGUGAUUCAGGAGAGUCUUAAGGAUUCUUUCUUAGUAUAGAAAUAGAUUUCUGCAUUUGUUUUUCUUUACCAUCAUUCGAGAAAAGAAAAUCUUGAGAGAAUCAAAGAAAGAGAGCAACUUUGGUUAAUCCCAGAUCACAAAUUUCUCAAAAAAAAAAGCUAUAAUGGAGGAUGAAUAUGAGAAAUUCGUUAGAAGAAUGAACCCACCCAGGGUUGUCAUUGAUAAUGAAGCCUGCAAGAAUGCAACUGUGAUACAUGUUGAUAGUGCAAACAAACAUGGAAUCCUUCUUGAAGUUGUACAAAUCCUUACUGAUCUUAACCUUAUCGUUACUAAAGCCUACAUAUCUUCUGAUGGCAAUUGGUUCAUGGAUGUUUUUAAUGUUACCGAUCAAGAUGGAAACAAAAUCUUAGAUGAAGGGAUUCUAGAUUAUAUUACAAAGUCUCUUGGACCAGAAUCUUGCUUCUCAUCUUCAAUGAGAUCCGUUGGGUUGAAGCAAUCAAUGGAUCACACCGCAAUUGAGUUAACAGGAAGUGACAGACCAGGAUUAUUAUCUGAAGUGAGUGCUGUCCUUAGGCAUCUUAAAUGCAAUGUAGUGAAUGCUGAAGUGUGGACACAUAACACUCGUGCUGCAGCUGUGAUGCAAGUGACUGAUGAGGAAACAGGAACCGCGAUUACUGACCAAGAAAGGCUAUCUAGGAUAAAGUCACUUCUUUGCAUUGUACUUAAGGGAAGCAACAAAUCAAGUUUAGCCAAAACUGUAGUCUCUCAUUCAGCCACACAUACUGAGAGAAGGCUUCACCAGAUGAUGUUUGCUGAUAGGGAUUAUGAACGAACAGGUUAUGAUGUCAUGGAUGUCAGGCAAAGGCCUAAUGUGGAUGUUGUUAAUUGGUAUGAUAAGUACUAUUCAGCGGUUACCAUUAGGUGUAAAGAUAGACCAAAACUUCUCUUCGAUACGGUUUGCACCUUGACAGAUAUGGACUAUGUAGUGUUUCAUGCAAAAAUUGAUACCGAGGGGCCAGACUCUUAUCAGGAAUAUUACAUUCGGCAUAUAGAUGGAUCCCCUGUUAAAUCAGAAGCAGAGAGACAAAGAGUAACUCAGUGUCUUGAAGCAGCAAUUGAGAGAAGGGUAUCUGAGGGCUUGAAGCUAGAGCUUUGCACAACAGACAGAGUUGGGUUGCUAUCUGAUGUUACUCGCAUCUUCAGGGAGAAUAGCCUCACUGUCGCCCGAGCAGAAGUGACAACGAAAGCAGGCAAAGCCGUUAACACAUUCUAUGUUCGUGAUGCAUCAGGUUAUCCUGUUGACUCAAAGACCAUAGAAUUUAUCCGGCAAGUAAUUGGGCAGACUAUACUAAAAGUUAAAGGCAACCCUGAAGACUCAAAAUCAGUUUCUCAGGAAUCUCCAACAAGGUUCCUUUUUGGUGGUUUCUUCAAGUAAAGAUCUUUUGUCAAUUUCAGCUUGGUUAGGUCUUAUUCUUAAGGAAUAUAUUUACCUCCCCCCACAUGUAAAUCAAAACUCAUUCAGCUUAGAUUCUACUAUAGAUCGUGUUCAAUCUAGGAAUCAUUUAUCAGUUCUGGUAAAGGAAAGCCAUAGAUAGAAUUCGGAGGCCCUGUAAAUUUCCCACCUCACCCCUUUUAUCCAAUCUAAAGUUGGAUCCACAAAAGCAGAAAAUGAAACAUUGAGUUCCGAUUUUUGUACGUAACUAGUCUCUUUUCUUUCAAAUAGUCAGUCGAUCUUUAAUUUUAUCUGUAUUAAUGACAGGUUACAUUUUGACUAUAAUUUUGGACCCAUUUCAUAGAUUUGACCUAUUGCUUCUUUGCCAUAAAGACUAUCAAACCAUUUAAAUUAGAACUGUUUGAAGAAAAAUGAGGCCAGUGGAAUUUUCAAAUGAAUUUUUUAAUGGGUGGGUGACUACCUUCCUUGACUGAUCAUCCCACCAAGGACGCCAUUAGACGCGCAAAUAAGGAUGGCGGCUUUGGUGUUGCUAAUGAUCGUUUCAUGAGUUUCCAAGUUCUACCAAGAUUUUGAUGCGAAUCUUUAACAUCAUUCUCAGAUCAGGACAUCCAUUUUUAGAUAUGGGUUUAGCUUGUGGAAACAAUACCUCAGCUGCUUUUUUAUUUUAUUUUAUUAUCCUUGAAUCUUUUUCUCAUAUCUAGUUGUUAAUUUGAUUAAUUCUGCUUUGGUCCACUAAACUAUUUAGCAGCCAGCCAUAUUGGAAUUAGACCCAUCUUUAUUUGUUUGUUUAUUUGUCAAAAAAUUGAGUUCCUGUUGGAGUCUGUUUGCAUAGCCUAGUCAUUGAUUGAGUCUUUUCCGGAAUGGUUCAUCCGAUUACUUCUAGUCCAAUCGAAAGCGAUUUUGAUCAUUCUUUUUUGACCAAAUGCUGAGGAAAAUGUGAGUAUGAAAGCUUAAUGUAAAGCACACCAAUACCGCAACCUAAAGUGUGGAAAGAAAGAAAGUGAAGGGAAAAUGCUGUCUUCCUUUCCCGAAUUGUAUUUUUCCACACUCAAUAAUUCUCUUCUCCACCUGUAUGAUUCGCGAUACCAUUAUUGUCUGGCGUGCAACACGAUUGCAGGGUACUGCC